UACUUAUUGCUAGUACUACUGUCAGUUUUUCCUGUUGGAAUUGACUGACUACAUACUGUACAUAGUGUAAAUAGUUUAGGCCUGUUUUGUCCGGCUAUCUCCACUAAUCUAAACUAUUUUGUCUCAUAGUAACUUAUAAGCCAUUAACAGCCAAUAACAUAUAGUAACUGAUAAGCCAUUAACAGUCAAUAACAUGUUAAAACACUGACAACACAAGGCAAGCAAAAAUAUAGUCUACAAUUAUAAAACCAUUACCUUUUGAACUUUCAGCUAAUCAUAUGAAAUAUCACAUUAAAAUGUAAAUCAGAUAAAAUCAAUAAAGAUUACUCAGUACUUGUGUAGUAUUUUUUAUGAUUAUUAUUUUACAAAAUACCUUUUUAGUUCUACUUUAAGUAAUAGUAUUAGCAGAACUGUUACUUGUUUACAUGUUUUGCAUCUCCUGGUUUUCCAGUGUUUAGUCCCCUGUACAGUUUGAAAAGAAAAAACUAAUCUGAAUCUGUUUCUGUUUUAUUACAACAGAUAGAAAUCAUGGAUGUGGAGGGACACAAGUGCAGUGUUUGUGACAAGAGUUUCUCUGUGAAGUCCAACCUGACUCGGCACAUGCAGCUUCAUUUUCCAAAGGAGCAUGUGUGUGAAGUGUGUGGGAAAAGCUUUGCACUGAAACAGCAGCUGAGCAGCCACCAAAAACAGCACCUGUACCCAUGCAUCCGUCUGUACAGACAGGGAGAGGCCAAGCUGCAGUGUACGGAUGCAGCUAAGAGUGUGGCAAUGGCCCCCAGCAAAGCAGUAGAUCCCAGCUGUCUGAAUUCUGAAAAGGCGGAGGCUGCUGCAAAGGAAGCUGGAGGGGAAAUGUGGAAAGGCCAGCUAGUUGUCACAUUCGGCAAAUAUGCAGGACAGUCUUUCAGGUGGUUGCUUGAAAAUGAUGUGGGCUGGGUCAUAUGGCUGCUGUCUGAAUAUUGCCAGAAGGGUGAGCAGAAUGAUCUCCUUAAGUGGCAAAAGGAGCGAUUGCUGCAGUAUGCCAGAGAGUUCCCGCCUGUCACCUUUCAUCUUAACAAACGCUUGGAGGAGUCAAGGAAAGACAAGGGAAAGAAGGCUGAAUCUACAGUUUCAAAGUUCCAGCAGGAUCCUGACUAUGCCAGUGAUGCUGAAUUGUUGGCAGCUGCUGAGACUGUCCUUGAAGAGUCUGAGGUAGCGGUCUCCACACAACUAACCACCUGGGGAGAGCUCACACCGGCUGUGAGUCAGGACUCUUCCCACAGCCUCAGCACAUCUCAGGGAAGACCUUCUUCCCCUGUAGACACCUCUGCCUCAGAAACCAGUGGCAUCUUGCGAGAGGGCUGGCAGAAAUACUGGGAGCAUCCACCUCCAUCUACACAAGCCAAUGGUAUAGCGCCUCCUAACAUCAAGUGGCUGAAAUAUGAUGAGACGUAUGGUCUGUUUGAGAGGCCUUCAAAGUACAAGAAUGCCAAAGGAGAGAUUGUGGAGAGAAGGCUUUUAAAGGAGAAGAUGGAGUUCCACCCACCCCCAAUUCCUACUUCUGUCAAGGGAGGACUGCCCAACAUGAUGGCCUUUUUCACAACCCCUGUCUUCUUCUGGCGCCCAGUUGGUGUGAUGCAAGCCAAGAUCCGCUGCCCUAGCUCCAACUGCCCUGCACCACCAGAUGAAUACCUUGAGAAGAAAGGCUUUGGUAGUUAUGCUAGGCAAGUGUGUGGGAUGAAGUACAAUUACACCCUGUUGACGGAGAAGCUGAAGUGUUCACAUUGUGAAAAGAUGAGGCGGGCAGUGAGUAAGACACAUGGUGACGCAGACAGUGAAGAUGAGGACAGUCAUCAUGUUCAGCAGUACAUUUGGCUGGCACAUAGUCCCAAGAUUCUGAUGAACUUGGCCCCAGCCAUCAGAAGCAUGUUUCCUGCCAUACUGUGUGGGAAGCGUGCUAUUGACAAAGGCGUGGUUACUCUUCUGAAUGACAGGGUCAACAGUGUGUCCAUGAACAAAGUCCAGAGACUGCUGCAGCAGGGACAUGAUGAGUGGUAUGUGGAGCGCCGUGACCUGUACCAGACUCUCCUUUAUGAAGCCCACACAGCUGGAUCUGCAUCGUCUCAGAAGAGCAUCCUGUCCUUUGUCAAGGCUGCUGGUACUUACACCCCUCCUCUGCCCCGGUCUCCCCUUCCUUGUGCCCGUGUGCUGAGGCGUGCGCACAUGAUCAUGGAGAUGGAAAAGAUGUCUGUGUACAGAGCCUCAAUCCUCAGUGUGACUGGAGAAAUCCUCUGCAUUGAUGGCAUAAAAAAGUGACAGUGGUUCGUCCUUCCUGGAGAAUCUGUUCAGGGACUGGGUGCAGAAGGGCACUGUAAUCAGACUGGACAUCCGACACUGGCUGCACCGCUGGGAUGCUGUUGUCAUUAAACAGAGCCAUGCCAAGUAUG